AAUAAUUCUCCUUUUCGACAUCAGCUAGUUCCAAAUCAUAACAAACUCUCCUCCUCCUCCUCCUCCUCCUUCUCAGUCAUCACCGAAUUCCGACGACGGCGACACACAUUCAUCAGAAUCAAUGAGGAAAGACGGAACUCCAGCUAUUGUCUUAGGAAAUCCAACCGGAAAACUCUUUCUUUCCUUCGAAAUCAAAGCUUUAAUAGCUACAUUACUAACUCUAUCCCUAGUUAUAGCAGUUUGGAACUUCCAACCUUAUUAUGGCAAUCUUAUCACUUCAGCCACAACCACAAUCAAAUCCUCUACUUGUUUACCAGAAACCACCACUUCAUCAGCAAAAAAGCUUUCAAAUUCGAAAUCAACAGACCCAAACAAGCGAAUCUUCACUAGCUAUGGAAAUGCUGCUGCUCUGUUUGUUCAAAUGGGUGCUUACCGUGGUGGGACUUCAUCAUUUGCCAUUAUCGGUUUAUCUUCAAAACCCACUCAAGUAUUCAGUAAACCAUGGUAUAAAUGUGAGUGGAUUUCUAAUAACAGCUCAAAACCAUCAAUGAAAGCAAAAGCUAUAAAAAUGCUACCAGAUUGGGGUUACGGUAGAGUUUAUACAGUAGUAGUGGUGAACUGUACAUUCCCAGCGAACCCUAAUGAAGACAAUUCAGGUGGGAAACUCAACAUCUAUGCUUAUUAUGGAGAAUCAUCAAAGAAGUACGAAAAGAUUGAAGCUCUAGAAGAAAAACCAGGAUCUUAUAAUGAAUCUAAUUUUAAGCCCCCUUACAAGUAUGAGUAUUUGUACUGUGGAUCUUCUUUAUAUGGGAACUUAAGUGCAUCAAGAAUUAGAGAAUGGAUGGCUUAUCAUGCUUGGUUUUUUGGACCAAAAUCACAUUUUGUGUUCCAUGAUGCUGGGGGUGUUAGUUCAGAUGUUAGAGCUGUUCUUGAACCAUGGGUUCGUUUAGGAAGAGCUACAAUUCAAGAUAUCAGAGAUCAAGCUGAAUUUGAUGGGUAUUAUUACAAUCAAUUCUUGAUUGUUAAUGAUUGUUUACAUAGAUAUAGACAUUCUGCAAAUUGGACAUUUUACUUUGAUGUGGAUGAGUUUAUCUUUUUGCCGGAUGGAAGGAGUUUGGAAUCGGUUUUAGCUGAGUUUUCAAGUUACACUCAGUUUACUAUAGAACAAAAUCCAAUGUCUAGUAAGCUUUGCUUGAACGAUUCAACUCAGAGUUACACCAGUGAAUGGGGGUUUGAGAAACUGGUAUUCAGGGAUUCAAGAACUAAAAUCCGGCGAGACCGAAAAUACGCGAUACAAGCAAAGAAUGCAUUCUCUACUGGUGUCCAUAUGUCCGAAAAUGUAACGGGGAACACACUUCACGAUACUGAAACCAAAAUCCGUUACUACCACUAUCACAAUUCGAUUACAGUACCGGGUGAACCAUGCCGGGUGUUCCUGCCUAAUUCAGCUAAAAAGACCGGUACGUUUUUCGAAAACAAACCUUUUGUGUACGAUGAUAACAUGAAGAAGCUAGCGCAUGAGAUCAAGCAAUUUGAAGAAAAGACAAUUGGAGCCGUUAAUGUGUUAAAUCUAUAAAGGAUGUUGUAGUGUACUGUGAUAAUUACCCUGCAUGUGGGUGUAUUAUAUUGUCGGUGAAAUGAAGAGUGGUUUGUUGUGGUGGUGAUGGGUGGGUGUGUCAUAUGAGAAAAAAAAUUCACGGCUAGCCGGAACUUGAUCCACCGACAGCAAGAUUAAUACUAGUAAAAAAAAAAGUUAAAAAUGAAGAGAUAUAGAGAACGAGAGGUAAUUCGUAAACAAGGAGGGGGAGAUAAGCCCUCCGUAUAUUUGUUCAAUUCCACUAUUCAAAUUUUGUUUGUUCUAAUUUUAAUUUUUGUAUAGGUGUUCCGUUUCUAUUUUCCGUUGCACUUUUUUGACAGGCUAGUGACUGUAAGAGAUUGCCGAACUGUAAUGCAGUGAAACCUUGAUCAGUGAUCGGAGUUUUCAUA